AUGCCUCUGGGGUCGAUCGAGUUGCAAGUUACCGUAGGAAGUCCCCCGGCGCAGAAGAUGAUUCUAGUGAAGUUCCUCAUCGUUGAUCAACCAUUAGCUUACAACGCUAUUUUCGGAAGGACAGCGCAAGCUGAGUUGAAGGUGGUAACAUCGAUACCCCACCUUAGCAUGAAAUUUCCAACGGAGAAUGGAGUAGGAGUGGUCCGAGGAGAACAAAAGGCAGCUCGCAAGUGGAGUCCGACUGGGGACCUAGAAGAUGUGGUGAUCGGACCCCAAAAUCGAAAGCUUCGGGUUAGUGCACAGCUUCCGACAACAGAAAAGAAGAAGUUGGUAGAGUAUCUGUGGGAUCACAUUGAUGUCUUCGCUUGGGAGCACAAUGAGAUGCCCGGAAUAGACCCCUCAGUUAUCGAACACCAGUUAAACGUUGAUCGGAAUUGCAGGCCAGUGAAGCAGCGGAAGAGAACUUUCGCCCCUGAGCGCAAUCAAGCGAUUGCUGACAAGGUACGAAAAUUACUUAAAGCUGGAUUUAUUCGGGAAGUUGACUACCCGGAAUGA